AAACUCACAGGAAAAUAAACUAUCCUUUGGAGGGAGAAAACCUCAAGGGAAUCGAUCCCGUUGGUUAUCUGUUACUGCGCUCUCUGUUGACAGUGCAAUUGCACGGUAACAUGUCAGUCAAUAAGCGAGCACAAGGUGCCACUUGUAUAGUUUGGCGUUUGGGGUCAAAGGUACGUCACGUGACUGCAACUAGGAAACGGGGCUUUGAGAGCUAUCAGUAGAUAUUUCUUAAACGCGAUAACAGAAAGUACUAUCUUUUAUGUUACUCCCUUCCUCGUUGAAAGUGGUCCCGACACGAUAUGAAGCAACAUGGGCUCUCCUAACCAGACCUGUGACAGUGGGGUACCCAUGGACCUCUUCUUACACUAUUCUCUCGUUCCGUCGGUUACAGCACUUGGAUCAGGAUGAUUUUCACAGACCACUACCACAACAACCCUGUCAUGGUGUGUUUCUGCCAUCUUCUCCUGGAGAGACAACAGAGGACCACAGAGGCAGAAUCAUACUCCACGUUCAACAACACACCUUCGCCAGAUUCAGCCUGUGGAAGUCGGGCCAGGCGGCGAUGGAUGCUCCUCUACAGUCUGAUGAAGAACCCAUGACUGAUCCUCCUGAGGAAGAACAGGACCUCCUCCAGUCCCACUCACCAGGACACUGUUGUCCAAGCCUGGCUGCUGGCCUCUCAGACCGAACAGAUGGGACAGGCACCAGAGACGACAGCCACAGCAGUUACAUCAGAUCAGACGACGGCCAAUGGGCAGGCAUUAACUGACUGAUUCUGCUCAUGGCUUAUACAUGCGCAGCCUGAAAUAGUGUAGUACAAUAAUGUGACAUAACAUUUAGUAGGCCUACACACAUUUCGAGGACACCUUUUUGGCUCAUGGGUGCUACAUUUGAUACUACAGGCCAAGCUCUUACAAUGCAUUGUUUUGUAUGUGAUGAAUCAUGGGAAAUGGGGAUAACUGGUCAGUUGAACAACUGAAAUGUGUCUUCUGCAUUUAACCCAACCCCUCUGAAUCAGAGAGGUGCCGGGGGCUGGCUUAAUUGACAUCUACAUCUUUGGCACCCAGGGAACAAUGGGUUAACUGCCUUGCUCAAGGGCAGAACAACAGAUUCUUACCUUGUCAGCUCGGGGAUUCUAUCCAGCAAACUUUCAGUUACUGGGCCAAUGUUCUAACCAUUAGGCUAAUAGGAUUAAAGCAUUAUAAAUUCGGAAAUACCUACAUAAUUACUCCUACUGUGAAAAAUGAUAGGACAAAUUGGACAUAGUUAUGUUUUUACCUCAUAACGGUCCAUUUGUUUUUACUAGUCCACGUAGCCACAGGAAGUAGAGGUGCUGAGGGUGUUGCAGCACUCUCUGAAAAAUCUGAAUAAAAAAUAUACAGUACCAGUCAAAAGUUUGGACACACCUACUCAUUCAAGGAUUUUUCGUAAUGUUUUACUAUUUUCUACAUUGUAGAAUAAUAGUGAAGACAUCAAAACUAUGAAAUAACACAUGGAAUCAUGUAGUAAUCAAAAAAGUCUUAUUCAAUUAAACAAAUCAAAAUAUAUUUAUAUUUGAGAUUCUUCAAAAUAGCCACCUUUUGCCUUGAUGACAGCUUUGCACACUCUUAGUAUUCGCUCAACCAGCUUCAUGAGGUAGUCACCUGGAAUGCAUUACAAUUAACAGGUGUGCUUUGUUAAAAAUUCAUUUGUGGAAUUUCAUUCCUUCUUAAUGCGUUUGAGCCAAUCAGUUGUGUUGUGGCAAGGUAGGGUUGGUACACAGAAAGCCCUAUUUGGUAAAAGUCCAAAUCCAUAUCAUGGCAAGAACAGCUCAAAUAUGCAAAGAGAAACGACAGUUCAUCAUUACUUCAAGACAUGACGGUCAGUCAAUGUGGAACCUUUCAAGAACAAGAACAAGUUUCAUCAAGUGCAGUCGCAAAAACCAUCAAGCGCUAUGAUGAAACUGGCUCUCAUGAGGACCUCUACAGGAAUGGAAGGCCCAGAAUUACCUCUGCUGCAGAGGAUAAGUUCAUUGGAGUUACUAGCCUCAGAAAUUGCAGCCCAAAUAAAUGCUUGACAGAGAUGAAGUAACAGACACAUCUUAACAUCAACUGUUCAGAGGAGACAGCCUGAAUCCGGCCUUCAUGGUCGAAUUGCUGCAAAGAAACCACUUCUAAAGGACAUCAAUAAGAAGAAGAGACUUGAUUGGGCCAGAAACACGAGCAAUAGACAUUUAACCGAUAGAAAUCUGUCCUUUGGUCUGAUGAGUCCCGAUUUGAGAUUUUUGGUUCCAAAAGCUGUAUCUUUGUGAGACGCAGAGUAGGUGAACGGAUGAUCGACGCAUGUGUGGUUUUCACUGUGAAGCAUGGAGGAGGAGGUGUGAUGGUACUUUGCUGGUGACACUGUCUGUGAUUUAUUUUGAAUUCAAGGCACACCUACCAGCAUAGCUACCACAGUAUUCUGCAGCAAUACGCCAUCCCAUCUGGUUUGCGCAUAGUGGGACUAUCAUUUGUUUUUCAGCAGAACAAUGACCCAAAACACCUCCAGGCUGUGUAAGGGGUAUUUGACCAAGGAGGAGAGUGAUGGAGUGCUGCAUCAGAUGACCUGGCCUCCACAAUCACCCAACCUCAACCCAAUUGAGAUGGUUUGGGAUGAGUUGGAACGCAGAGUGAAGGGGAAGCAGCCAACAAGUGCUCAGCUUAUGUGGGAACUCCUUCAAGACUGCUGGAAAAGCAUUCCAGGUGAAGCUGGUUGAGAGAAUGAUACGAGUGUACAAAGCUGUCAUCAAGGCAAAGGCUGGAUUCCUUGAAGAAUCUCAAAUCUAUUUUUUAUUUGUUUAAUUUUUUUUUUAGUUCGUAAAUGAUUCCAUAUGUGUUACUUCAUAGUUUUGAUAUCUUCACUAUUAUUCUACAAUUUAGAACAUAGUAAAAAUAAAGAAAACCCCUUGAAUAAGUAGGUGUAUCCAAACUUUUCACUGGUACUGCAUACACAUUUUAAAAAGUUAUUAAAAAAAAAAAGAUGUUUUCUUCUCACAAAGUAGUGCACUGGGCCUUUACUAGUAUUAGCAGACGAAUAUAGAUGUCUGUAGCUCAAGCAAAAAAAAUUAUGUUUCAGCACCUCUGCUUUGGCAAAAAAAACUAGUUGUAUAAUUAUGAACAGUAUCUUGCAGGAUUCAGUAGUCAUUCUAAAGGGAUACAGAAAGAACAAAACCAUGUCCUCACAUUAAAGGUGCAAAGUUAUGGGCAAAGACACAAAACAUCCAUAUCAAAUUAAAUAUUUUUAUUGAUCAAAUGACAUUGAAAACAACCCCUUUUUAUGCAGUAUUAAUUUACCAUCCUUAAAAACCACUUAAGGUAAAUGUACAUUGCUGUGUAGUACAUAGGCUGGUCAUGCAAAGUAGCGCAACGAUCUAAUGCACUGCAUCUCAACGAUUGCGGCGUCAUUACAUACACCCUGGUUCGACUCCAGGCUGUAUCACAACCGGCUGUGAUUGGGAGUAGAGCAGCGCACAAUUUGGCAGGUGUAGGCUGUCAUUGUAAAUAAGAAUUUGUUCUUAAUAACUGACUUACCUAGUUAAAUAAACAUUACAUUAAAAAAUAUAUAUAUGGAUAAUAAUCAUCUUGGUUUGUACCUGUAGACUUUCCAUCACCAUGAAAGAAAAACAAAGUAAUUGAGUACGUUGAGAGAUCAAGUGGUUUGUGAUUAUGUGGCUCAGUUGGUAGAGCAUGCCGCUGGGUUGUGGGUUUGAAUCCCAUGGGGAACCAGUAUGACAAUGUAAGUUGCUCUGGAUAAGAGUGUCUUCGAAAAGGAAUGAAUAGACCAUUUCAGUUUCCACAUAGUUAAAAAAAAAAAAAAACAUCACAAAAGUAGUACGCUGGGCCUUUACUAGUCAUGUAUUAGCAGAGUGAUAUAGAAGUCUUCAGCACAUGCAAAAACAAAAACAAAUCUGCAACACCAAACUACUUCCAGCAGUAUUCCACGCGUACUGUAUAUCGGUUGCAUCAAUGAUUGUAAUUGAGUAUCUUUGACUUGAAAAUAAAUAAUUACAUUUGUGUAAAUGUCUUACAAUAAAAUAAAUCACAUAUUUACUAAAAGCUGCGGUGAUUCCCGAUAAUUAUUACAUUUGACCAUCUGAAUUUGAGGGCACGUGGGCGCCUUGCGCGCGAACGUUCAUUUGAGAACAGUUCUGGGGAGACAGUGACUCAGUAAAGUUUGUUCAUUGAUUGAAGCUAAUAACAGUCCCAGGUAAUCAGUAUGAGCCAAUAUGAAAUACAACGUAUUAUACGUCCUUGGACUGUUAAUAAUAGCCAUGGAGCUAACGUUAGUUUGAAGCCUGGGUACUUUAGUUACAAGAACUUCUAGUUAACGUUAGCAGACGUUGGCUAGCUAGAUAUCAUGUUUUCGCCAACAACGCUAAGGCUGUAUAGCAUAUUCGUAGAGAGUGUUAUAGUGUAAGGACUGACAUUGGAUGUUUACAGGAAAAGUUACUUUGAAAAACAUGUUUGACCGCCCAAAGAUCGGCGGCCUCCUAUGACAAAUGCCACACUAACGUUAUUCAACCAGUUCAACCUACAAUCAAAGCAAACUUUUGUAACCUUUCUAAACAUCUCUGCUGCAAUCGCUACUUUUGUUUAGUUGGCUAACAACAAACACUGGGAAGCUGUAGCCUAUGUGGGCACCCGUAUAGCUAGCUAGUUAUUGAGUUGGAUAUUUCUAGGCAACGGUAACUUAGCUACAUAUCGGCAGCUCAAGUAUUUAAGUUGGCUAGCACAUGUCUCAGUAGUUGAGGACUUGGUAAGUGUGUAUAAGUGUGUGUUUGGUGACUAGAACACAACUGUCUUGACUAUCUAGCGCAAUGAUUGGACAUUCAUUCUAGUCAUAAUUUAAGUUGGCUCCAUUUGUUUGUAUUUAAGACGGAACAAAAUGGCGCUGCAAUACAAAGUAGUUAACGGGACUAAUUUUGUGUUGACACUGACAGCGGCCUUCAUUAUGUUCCUGACCAGGUGUCAGGAUGUCUGACGAUCUGAUGAAGAAGAUGCUCCGGGCUGUCCUCCAGGCCAAUAAGAACGGGGUGUCCAUCACGCGGCUGCAGGGGGAAUACAGGUCGCUGACGGGGGAGUUCAUCCCUGACCGAAAGCUGGGUUACCCUUCACUGGAGUGCUUCCUCCGCAGUAUCCCCUCCGUGGUCAGGAUGGAGAAUCGCAUGGGGGAGAUAAUGUGUUUCGCUGCAGUCUGUCAAGAAACGGCCCACAUUGCUCAGCUGGUCGCCCGUCAGAAGUCCAGCAAGAGGGCACCUGGCAGAUCCCAGAUGCUGAACUGUCGGAUGAGGUCGAAAUUGGCUUCACAUUUUGUGUUCUAUGAGAAGCCUCGGACGUCCCUGCGUCAGCCCGACCGUGCUCCAGUGCGCUCCGGCUGGAGCCAGCCGUACUCCUCCAUGGGACCCUCACGGCCGCGGAACUACAACAUCUGUGGAGGCUUCAGUGCUGGGGGAGACAUCAGGAAGAUGUACAGCCAGCAUGACGAGCGGGCCAACCCCCCUGCUCCGGCACCGCAGAGUCAGAACAGGGAGCCCAUCACUCAGGUGAAACCGAGUGAAAGACUGGUGAAACAAGUCAACCAUCACAUUUCGAGUACCACCCAAAAAGCUCCUGCUCUCUCCAGUUUCCCAGCUCUCUCCAUUACCAUCAGUAACGUCCCUCGUCCGACGCCCAAAGCCCUUCAGCCGGGAGACUACAACCCCCAGGUUGUGCAGAAUCGGAUCUCUGAGGUGCUGAAGAAGUACUGCAGUGGUCUGUGGCUCUCCAAGCUGCCCACUGUGUACCGGGACAUGCACAAACAGGACCUACCUGGCCAAGCAGUCAUAGACCUGGAGAACUGGACACACAUCUGCUUCGUUGAGAAGCCUGUUAGUACCAAUCGAGCAGAUAGGCUGGUGUACCCCCCUCAGUCCAAACCCCCCAGCCUUGCUCUCUCACCAGUCAAACCCCCAACGGCUCCUUAUACAGUAAAACCAGCCACGUCCCUCCUAGCCAAACCCAUCACUACCGCUCCAGUCAAACCAGUCACUGCCAACCCAGUGAAACUGGCCCCUCUAUUUUUCUCACCGAGGAACCCCUCCUUGAACCAGAGUCAGACCUUGCCCACUCCACCGGCCCCCUCGUGGAAGCACUCCCCGACCCAUACCUCCACCUCUCCAACUGCCCCCUCUACCUUGUGGAAUCCCUCUCCUUCCCACCUACUCUCUACGCCCACCUGUAAUUUGUGGAGACCCUCCCCUACUUCCACCUCGCCCUCAUGGAAGCCAACAACUACCCCCACCUCCCCUACUCCCCCUCCCUCAUCCCCACCUCCCCUACUCCUCCCUUCCUCACCAGCGGUGAGCAUCCCUGCGGAGACGCGCCUCAGACUGAAGGAGCUGCUGUCUAAAUACAGCCACGGCCUGUGGGCCCAUGCCCUCCCCAAGCUCUACCAGGAGACCUUCAAGGUCCCCUUCCCAGAGGACAUCCUGUCCAACCUGUCUCUCUUACUAGACAUCUGCACCGUGGAGUACCCCAUGGCCGACAACAAGAUGAAGGCCAUCCUCUACGGCCCCACCACCGAGUACAAGGCCAAGGUGAGCAGCACCCCGUCUUCUCCGUCGGGUUAUAAGCUCAACAGCACCCCCAUGGUUCCUCCUCUGCUGCUCCCCAAGGAGGAGUUCCCCUCAGUGCUGGUGGUGGAGGCAAGAAGCACCGACCAGGUCAUCCUCAGGUACAUAGGUGAGGGCUAUUCUCAGGCCCUGGAGGCACUGGAGGAAUCCAUGAGUACAGUCUACAGCCAGCUCAGCGCUCAGAGGCUCCUCCCCUUCCCCUCAGCUGGCGAACUGGCGGCCGUCAAAGUGGAGGGGGGAGAGGAGGUCGUCAGGGCCCAGGUCUGUGAGGUCAUGACCGACAAAGUCAAGGUGUACUACGUGGACCAUGGCUUCUCUGAGGUCCUCAGUAGAACCAAACUACUGGAGCUGCAGAACGACUUCCUCAAGCUGCCCUUCCAGGCGACUACUUGUACACUAGCUGGUCUGGAGCAGUUCAGCUCGGAGCUCUCUGUGCUGCAGACCCUGGAGUCCCUGGCCGUAGGUAAGAUCCUCCUUGUGGAGCUGCUGCAGCACGACGCUGAUCCGCCCCAGGUGGUGCUCUACGACACAUCGCACGAUGAUGAGGUCAACAUCAACGUUGUCUGCCUCAAGGCUCUGCAGGACAAGGCCAUGGAGAACCCUUUACAGGUCAACAGUACCUAUAUGAAUGUGUCUGUGACCAACGUGUGUUCUGACGGAACCAUCUUCUGCCAGCUGCCCUCCCGAGGUCGGGUCAAGCUCAAUGAGAUCCUGGAUAAGAUCGAGGCCUUCUUCAUAACCCAGGUGACGUCAGAGUCUCUGGUGUCCACUCCGUUCUGUGGGAAGUGCUGCCUGGCCCGGUACAAAGGAAGGUGGUCCAGAGUAGAGAUCACCAACCUCCAUGGUAGCAGAGUGCUAGAUAUCAAAUUUGUGGACCUGGGAGUCCCGGCCUCUGUAGAGGUCAUAGAGCUGAGAGAGAUCCCUCCUUCGUUCCUGCACGAGCUCAUGGUCAUCCCACCACAGGCGAUCAAGUGUUGUCUGGUAGAGCUGGAGGUGGGGGUCUGGACUCCUGAGGCUGUUCUCUGGCUUAGAGGUGCUGUACUCAACUCUAUGGACUGUAGCAUGAAGAUCUCGACGCUGGACGAGGACAAGCUGGUGCACAUCUACCUGUUUACCUCUAAGGGCUCCCAGGAUGUCACCAACAGUGUUAACCACCAGAUGGCCACCUCUGACCUAUGGAAGCAACCCGGACCCCAGAAGGACGGCCUCCCUACCCUCAGUUUCCUCGACACCGUGGUCGCCAACAUGGUGGAUCAGCUUACCCUCGACAGCACAGCCUGCAGCCCUAUCCCUGUCUCCACCAACACCCCCAGCCCUCUGGAUGGUGCUGGGGACAUGUCAAACCCCACUUUGGUCACCUCUGCUUGGGGAGAGAAGCAGCUGGUGCUGCCCCCUCUCUUGGAGCUUCCCCAGGCGGGCCAGAACAUGGACGUCUACGUGUCUGUGGCCUGUCACCCGGGACACUUUGUGCUGCAGCCAUGGCAGGACCUGUACAAGCUGGUGGUGCUGAUGGGAGAGAUGGUCCUUUACUACAACCAGAGGGAGGAGACGCCGGGGCCCGGAGAUGUACAGAAAGGAGAGGUCUACGCCGCCAAGGUGGACCAUAAUUGGCACCGUGUGCUGGUGAAUAACGUUCUGUCCAGUGGCCUGGUGUCUGUGUACGAGCUGGACUAUGGUAAACACGAGCUGGUUAGCUGCACCCUGCUUCAGCCCCUCAUUGAGUCAUUCAGACAGCUGCCCUUCCAGGGAAUCACCGCACAACUGGCUGGCGUGGAGCAGUGUGUGUGGUCGGAGGCGGCGUCCAUUGUGUUCCGGAACCACGUAGAGAAGAAGCCCCUGGUGGCCCAGGUGGAGUGUGUGGUGGAGGCUGAGCUUCCCUGGGACAGGAAGAUGAUAGUGUACCUGGUGGACACUUCUCGGGAGGAGAAAGACAUCUGGGUCCACAACAUCAUGGCUGACUUUCCAGAGGAGCAGAGUACCGCCGCGUAGAACCGGACUGGACAGACAGACCACAUAAGACUGUUAAACUCUGCCAGAGUAUAUCACAUAUGCUGAAAUGAUGCACACCACUGGCUGUAGCAUGACUGUUGGUAUCCCGUUCACUUAUUCCACAGGUCACAAAGAUCUGCCAGAGUGUCCCAGGUCAUUGGGGAGCCUGAAUUUAUGCAGGAGCUCAGUCUAUCAGCUUAGCACUGUGUGAAGCAUAGAACUGUGAUUUUUUCUGAUCGUAUGGGGGGGGUGAAUCUAUUUGCUGUGUGUGUGUAUAUAUAGAGAAAGGUAUUAAACAACAGUACCCACCCCAUUGAUCUCCUUAGCAGGGUAUGUCGUUCAAGUGUAAUGUAAAAAAGGUGUCCUUUAUUGUUCAGUUUCAGUCUCCUGUCAAAUACUUUGCGUAGAAAGUUCUUUACUGAUUUAGUUAUUAUUCAUCGCCAUCUUUUGGUUUUGCAGUUGAUCUCUUUUAAGUUGUUUGUCCUGACUUGUGAUUUUUUUUGCCUUUUACUAAAUUAUUAUUUUAGUUUAAAUAUAUUUAAGUCAAUUGUAUGUAAUUUGUUGUUCAAUACCUUGACUUUUGAAAUGCGUGAAAUUUAUUUGACUUUGACACUUAUUUUGCUUUUUGUGUGUGAUAUCCCACAGUACUAACUUUACUUUUGAAGGAAGUGGCUCAAAUGGAUGAAUGUAGACUUGGCUGAAUAAAUUGUUCAUUAAAAAGCUCAA